AUGAAUGACAGGUCUAAGAAAGAUACAAGACAAGGUGUUAUUUGUUAUGAAUGUGGGCAAAGAGGGAAUUUGAAAUAUAACUGCCAAAAUCCUGGCAAUGAAUCUAAAACAAAUUUAAAUAUUUCGAAAAAGCACAAUGUUAAAUCUUCAAGUAACGUAGGCUCUGGGUUAUAUGUUGAAGCAAAAAUUAAUGGCUUCAAAGCCAACUGUUUAAUUGAUACGGGAGCUACCCUUUCUGUAAUAUCGUCCAGUUUUCUAGACAAUAAUUCUUGUACGGUUGAUUUAGAAAAUUUUGAAAAAGACAUUGUAACUGCCUCUGGGUCACCGAUAGAAAUCAAGGGAAAAACAAAGGUAAAUAUUGAAAUUAAUGGAGAAACUUCAUCAAUGCCUGUAGUAGUAUCUAAAAUAGAAGGAGAUGCUAUUCUAGGGUUAGAUUUUAUGAAAGCCCGAAAUAUUGUUGUAGACAUAGUCAGCAACGAGAUAUCAGUAAAUGGAACAAUUAUAAAGUUAAAUUGUUCAGGACCUAUCGGUUGCUAUCGAGUAGUUGUUGCUGAAAAGGUUGAAAUUCCGGCAAGGUCUGAAGUAAUCAUUCAGGGAAAAAGCAUAGAUCCUAUAAUAGAUAAAGGCCUAUAUGUUACGGAACCAAAUGAAAAUUUUGUGUCUAAUAAUAAAGGUUUUAUAGCACGGGCUUUAGUCGAAGCAAAGGAAAAAGUGCCUAUAAGAAUUUUGAACCCCUUAGUUGAGAAACAAGUCAUAUAUCCUGGCACAAAUAUAUCCACAUUAAGUCCUGUUGAGAACGUAAAGUUAGGUAAAAACAAAAGUAAACAAUCUUUUCAUAUUCCUUCUCACAUACAAGACCUUUACGAACGUACUACUGAGGAUAUGGAUAAAACACAAAUGCAUGAGGUAGCAAAGCUUCUUAAGAAAUAUGCUCACAUAUUUUCAGAAUCAGAUAAUGAUAUAGGUAGGACAGGCAUUAUACGCUAUCAAAUUCCGACAGGUGAUGCCAGACCUAUUAAACAGCCAUUACGAAGGUUACCACAACACAUGUCAGACGAAGUUUAA